AUGUAAGAUAGCGUCCCAGGUAGCAACCCGCCAUCGCAUGCGCUGACAAAUGAAAUGGUUCACCAGGCGGACGCAACGAAGCUGGGAAGCACACAGCUUCCGCUGGCGCCGAACAAAACGUCGUUAUUUCUAUUUUACUCCUACCAAGUAUUCCGAUCACCUAUCCUGUACCAUAUUUGAUGCCGUCUAAAUUUCAUCAGACGGGCAAAAUCUAAUGGUACGUAAACCGUAUUUCAUAAUUUUGUGAAGAAAAGGAGGGUAUACGUGGAAUACGGGCCUCUUCUUCCCCCAGGGUACCCAGACGAGAGGGAGAGCUCACUCCCAUUUCUGGUUCUCCACUUCGCCUCUCGUGCUUCGAUCGCCAUGGCGGCUUCUUCCACUGCUCACUUUGUCACCGGUGGAAUUCACUCUGAGAGAUACAACCCUCUGUCCAACAAGCUGAGGCUGUCCAGCGGUUAUCAGUCUCAAUUGGCAUUUUGUCAGAAUUCAAAGCAGCAGAGUUGCCGUCGGUAUAUGUCUGUUCAUGCUAAGUACAGUGAUGGUUCCAGAGGUGGAGGCGGUGAUUUUCUUGCUGGUUUCCUUUUAGGUGGAGCAAUCUUUGGAACAUUAGCAUAUGUCUUUGCUCCACAGAUCAGGAGAUCCAUACUGAAUGAAGAUGAAUCUGGAUUUCGGCGGGCAAAGCAACCAAUAUAUUAUCGUGAUGAAGGUUUAGAGAAAACUCGUCAGAUGCUGAAUGCAAAGAUAAGUCAGCUGAAUUCAGCCAUUGACAAUGUUUCUUCUCGAUUGAGGGGUGGAAACAAUGUGCUGACGCAGCCUGUUGAAGCCGAACCUGAAGUUGAAGCCUCCAUAUAGUCUUGAAUCAGGAAUGGUGCUGGUUUAUGGUUGCUUCCUGGAUCCUGUCAAUACGCAUGCUUGAAAUUUGGAGAUUGACAUCGCAAAAAGGAUGGCUCUCUUGUAAGUAGAAAAUGGGAUUCUAAUCGUAAGCUACAUUAUUGUACCCACGAGCCAGUGAAUUUGUGAUAGGUUUCUUUAUAUGUGGAAUUAUAUAUUUGCUGCGGACGGCCAGCCAAUUUGUGGGCUACAAACUAGAUCUCAGGUCUAACGGACCGGAGGUUUUGGUUCUGCUUCUUUUGUUUCUUUCCGGAUACACAACCUUUGGACAUCCUUGACCAUAUUCCAAGAGCGAGGUUUUAUGGACAGCGUCCCAUUCCGUACAUAUUCAAAGAGCAAGGUCCAGAAGUUGCAUUUAGAAUGAAAUGGAUGCAAACAUAUCCAUUCAACUCCCGAACUGGCUAUACAUUUCCAUCUGGUACUGUAUUACUGAAUGUAUAAUAUGUGAAUGGAAAUCAUUGAUGAAAUUUCAAUAGCAGCAUAUCGUCUGCUUUCAUUCAA